GCUAAUUUGGGGUGUGUUCAACCUCCUAGGUGGCCCAUAAACCCAAAACUACUAAAUUUAUUGUGGUAUCCUAGCAACCAAAAAAGUAACAUGGGCCCCAAUCUAUAUACCCAAUCAAGUUUCCUCAAAUUCACCAAUUUCUAUACCCUCUUUAAAUUCUUUAUAAACACCCUUUAUUCCUCCUUGCUUACAUAGUUCAAAACUCACACAAAAUAAAGAAAUGGCAUUUCAUCUCUUCUUUCUCUUCCUCUUAAUCUCUCUUCUUUCCCCCAUUUUCAUCCACUCCUCCCAUGUUAAAGAUCCCGAACUAGUAGCACGUGAAGUACAAGAGAAAAUUAUUAAUGCAACUACAAGGAGGAAUUUGGGAUACCUAUCAUGUGGGACCGGAAACCCGAUCGACGACUGUUGGCGGUGCGACCACAAGUGGUUUAAGAACCGCCAACGGCUAGCGGAUUGUGCCAUAGGGUUUGGCAAGGGUGCGCUCGGGGGCAAAAACGGAAAGAUGUACGUGGUCACGGACAAGGGGGACGAUCCAGUAAACCCUAAACCCGGAACCCUAAGGUGGGGUGUGAUCCAAGAUGAGCCAUUAUGGAUCAUAUUUGCUCAUGACAUGGUGAUCAAACUUAAAGAAGAAUUAAUGAUGAACUCAUUUAAGACAAUUGACGGUAGAGGGGCCAGUGUACAUAUUGCUGGUGGUCCAUGCAUAACAAUACAAUAUGUUACAAACAUUAUAAUACAUGGUUUAAAUAUACAUGAUUGUAAGCGUGGAGGGAAUGCUAUGGUGCGGGACUCCCCAUCACACUACGGAUGGAGGACGAUAUCGGACGGUGAUGGUGUGUCCAUCUUUGGUGGGAGUCAUAUUUGGGUUGAUCAUUGUUCACUCUCUAGUUGUACUGAUGGUUUAAUUGAUGCUAUUCGUGGUUCAACUGCUAUAACAAUCUCUAAUAAUUAUAUGACCCACCAUAACAAGGUUAUGUUGUUGGGACAUAGUGAUUCUUUAACUAGAGAUAAGAAUAUGCAAGUUACUAUAGCUUUCAACCAUUUUGGUGAAGGGUUGGUCCAACGGAUGCCGAGGUGUAGACAUGGGUACUUUCAUGUGGUGAAUAAUGACUAUACACAUUGGGAAAUGUAUGCAAUUGGAGGAAGUGCAGCACCUACAAUAAACAGCCAAGGCAAUAGAUUCCUUGCUCCUAAUGACCCAAAUAACAAGGAGGUUACAAAACGAGAAGAGUGGCCACUAAGUGUAUGGAAGAAAUGGAAUUGGAGAUCACAAGGAGACCUAAUGUUAAAUGGAGCCUUCUUCACUUCUUCAGGAACAGGGUCUUCCUCAAGCUAUGCUAGGGCUUCCAGCUUAAGUGCAAGAUCUUCUUCGUUCGUAGGAUCGAUCACCAUGUCAGCUGGUGUACUGAACUGCAAGAAAGGCGCUCGCUGCUAGAGCAAUAUUACUACUGUAUUGUACUAAGCUCCCCCAAUUGUAUUUAUCUAAAAGGGGAGGGGUGAAAAUUAUUGAUUUUACCCUCUUUCGGAGUAGAAUUAUACUAACACAACUUCAGCCUGCUUCUGAAGAAAUUUUUAAGAAGCAAGAGCAGAUGUGUUGUUAAAGCUCAAUUUAUAAUUAUAAGAGUGAUUUUUCUUUCCAAAAGACUGCUUUCGCAAUUGCUAACCCGGCAAUUUGUCUCCAAAUUCGAUUUGUAGUUCACGAUUUAUUUAGCACAGAUGAUUAGUUGUAUACAACUUUAUCCCUAGAUCAAGCGAAUCAACAAAGAAUAAUAAACGCUCACAAAAUGACACCCUCGACCAAACCAUCUACUAACUAUCAUAAUGAUAUCAAUCCUAAACAAAAGAUUAGGGCAUAUACAGGAAAUUAGCUCUCC